AUGCGCCGAGUUAAGAAAUCCCGGAAUGGCUGUGCGAGAUGCAAGAGUAAACGGGUUGGUGUCAAAUGUGGCGAGGAGAAACCACAUUGCAAUCGCUGUACACGUCUAGGCGUCCAUUGCCCCGGCUAUGCCCAAUCUCUGCGCUGGGUAACCAGAUAUGACCAGUCUAGUCCAGCUGCUUCGGCUUCGGCAUCGGAGGUGAGAACCACGAGCCCUGCAGUUUCUGCGUCGACUGCUACAAUUCAACCGACAACCCAAGUCGACGAUAAUUCGACUCAAGAUGAUUCAAAUUUCCAGGCGAACAACGAACAAGAGCCCUCGGAUCUCGGAUUAGACGCACCAAAUAGCCUUUGUGAUGAUCUAUGGAAUCUUCCCGGUCACGGGUCUUUACCUGAACUGACAGAUCUCUCUGAGCCGUCUCCGAUGGCGGCUGCGUCGACGUCAUUCUCACCUUCGAGAGAUUUCUCCCAUGAUCUUGGACAAUCAAUGGAUGCGACAGUAGAUCUUUCGCAUUUUCUAUCACUUAUUGGGCCAUCUCCAGUGGAAGAACAUACCGACAAUGUGUACCAGGACUUCUCGCCCUCGGCUAUUGUUCGAAGCUAUCCUCCCGUGUCGCGCCGCUACACACCACGUAAAUUCAUGACUAUGUCUCGCUCACUGAACAACCCAUCAUGGACAUUGAUCGAGUACUAUUUCAAGGAAGUGGCGGCGCUAUUUUCCAGUUAUGACAGCCAAAUGAACCCAUUCCGAACCACGGUCUCUCGUCUUUGGGGUUCUUCGCUGGCAAUGUGCCGGACAAUGCAAAGCAUGGCCGCUGCAACGCUGGUUAACGAGUUUCCUCAAUUUGGGCCGAUGGGUCGGAAGAUGCGUGACGAAGCAGUUGAAAUAAUCUCGCGCGAAACAGUGAUAGACGACAAAUCAUUGCUGGCGCUACUCAUGCUCGGUCAGACAGCAAGCUGGCACGAUCCAACUGAUUUGGGCAUAUCAUUUUUCAACCUACUCCGCAAACAACUCAACACCAUAGCUUCGUCAUCGAACAGCCCUGAAUUUGGAUUCCCUAAGAAUGACAGCAACAAUUACCGGUUCUUCGAAGAAGCUUUGAUUUACUGGGAGAUGCUACUUUCAUUUGUUGCAGACAAUGACAAGAUCCUGUUAUCGGAUGACUCACAAGCUGGCUCAUCUAUGGGCGAGCCUCUUGUUCUGCAACGAGUUCCACAUCCAUGGACUGGCAUAGCCCGCGAUACCCAAUUCACAGUGCACGAGGUGGGGCAACUCAUCCGCCGUGAGCGGAAACGCAUUCGUUCAAGGCGAUUCACCUCCAAAGAUGAUAUAGCCCGUGGUCAAGUGGCAAUCGAGAAAGCCAGUGAAUUAGAAGAGCGCCUAUUGGCUCUUGCCCAUCCCUCCGAGGCGGAAAUUGUCAGCCCUGGUGAUGACGACACACCAGUCUGGCAUCUUCUGACAAUGGCUGAGGCCUACAGAUGCACUGGCCUCAUGCAGCUAUAUCGUGUCUUUCCCGAUCUUCUUCACAAGCGCCUCCCAGUCUCAGAAACCAGUCCUUCUCAAUACCGAGAUAGCACGUGUUCAACAGCCCGUGAUCCAAUUUUUCCUAUCGACCUGGACAGCAUGAACUUAUCGGCUGGAUUUGGCAUUUCAAACCCCGAAAUGCACAGCACGAAUACUCAAAAUGCCUCGCCAUCUCCGCUGCCCUCCAGUCACAAUCUUUACCAAAACCAUUCUCGCUCCCAACCACCAAUAACCCAAGAAACUUCUCACCCAGAAACCGUCUCCAACAACUGGCUUACCGAAUUCGCAGUCACAAACCUCUCCCGACUAAAGACUAUCCCACUGGAGUCCCGCACCCGCUGUCUCCAGCCUUUCCUGCUCGUAGCCUCGUGCUCAGAGCUUCGACUCCCGUCUCUCUCCACAGAUAUCGAUACCCAGAGAGACGCUUCGAACCAACACGGCGAAGCGUAUACGGAAGGCGAAAGCAAUCCCUCCAAUCCAAACUCAUUGCCCAGCAUUUCAAUGGAAGCCAUCGAAGUCUCGCGCACCCGAAAGUUUAUCCUCGGCCGUUUGACUUCAUAUCUGCAUGUAUUGCCGCCUAAACCAAUUCGUGUUUGUCUCAACUUGGUGAAUGAGGUUUGGAGACGACUUGAUGCCGGGGAUGAGGAUGCUUAUUGGGUGGAUGUUAUGAUUGAGAAGGGGUGGGAAACUACUAUGGGGUAA